AUGCGGGCCGCCAGCCGAGCGCGGGGUGUUGCACGACCACCUAGCAGCCCUCCGCAUCCAUCAUCCCCACCAGAAGGCUUGGUGUCGGCUGGGUCUUCUCGGACUCAGCAAGCGGCACCCGCCGCUGGUGGAGCACGUCGCAUGCGUUGGUCUAAAUCAAUGAAUGAAAACGCACUGCGGGCGUAUUUUAGGGCAAAAGGGGAAGAAACUGGAUGUUUGGCGUAUCGGGCUCGGAUGCAUCGCUUUUUUGCAGAGCUGGAGCCAUCUCUAUCCGUCACUGAGCAAAACCUGGCAGACCGAGUUCGGUACAUCCUGCGCUCCAACAUAUUUGGUGACGCCGAACUCGAGCGACUACGACGUGAGGCUAUUCCCUCAUCGAAUGGAAAUGCUACGGCUGGGAAUGCGGCGCCACUAGAUGCGCAACAAACUGCAUAUGUGGACGCUGCCGUCAACAUUCCAUUUGUGGCUAAUUCAGACGAUGAUGGAAUAGUCUCCCACGAACUAGAGAAAAUGAGGAGCAUAUUGGAAGAGUCGAUGCUGGAAACGCGCAGCAUGCCUCUCGAAAAUCGACCGCGACUUCCCCGCAUACCCCUUAGCAAGCGAAAUCGGGCUGUCGUGCGGGCUCUUAACCCAAUGCUGGUGACCUAUUUGGAAGCCAGCCGGGACCUUUGCGAGACGGACUCAAUUCUUUUUGGCGCCGCACUGGCAGUAUGCCGUAUUAUUGGCGCCAAACUUCCCAUGGCUGGACGUGCUACUCAACAAAGUAGCGCCAUCCCAGCCUGGAGAAAAAGAAUUGAGGACCGUAUCGCAAAGGCAAGGGCCCUUAUCGGCAGACUGACAAGCUUCAGGUCGGGUAAUAAUAGACCGAGGAUUAUGCGCACCGUUAGGAUGGCGUUUGCUGGGACAAAUAUCAGUUUGUCCCAGCCGGAUAUCACGCAAAAACUAACGGAGCGCAUAGAUGACCUGAAGCAAAAAAUCGCUGCUUGGGGGAAGCGGAUUCGACGAUUUAGCGAGAGGUCAAGGCGGUUCAACCAGAAUCGUCUCUUCCAGAGUGAUCAGAAGAGGCUCUAUAAAACAUUGGAGCGACCAGAGGUAUGUGGAGCGGGCCCAGGACCGGAUCAGGCUGACACUGUCGCAUUUUGGCGUGGCCUGUGGUCAGAGCCCGUAAACCACAGCGAGGGCCCUUGGAUGGAAGUUGUGGCGAGCCAGAGUGCAAGUGUUACGCCUAUGGACCCCGUCACUAUAACGCCUGAAGACGUGGCUGAGGCGGUCCGUAGGGCCCCGAACUGGAAAAGUCCGGGGCUCGACGGGCUGCAUCAUUACUGGCUGAAGGGGUUCGUAGUGUGUCACGCUGUGCUCGCCCGACAGUUUCAAGAGGCUCUCGAUCAGAAGUCGCUCCCGAGCCUCUUCACUACUGGGAUCACUCAUUUGGUUCCUAAAGAUCAGGAUACCACAGACCCGAGCAAAUACCGCCCCAUCACGUGGCCGCUGCCUGGGGGUCGCCGGGGCGCGUCUGGAGCUGGCGCUGGACGCGGCAGCAUGCGGGCCGCCAGCCGAGCGCGAGGAGCUGUACGAUCACCUAGCAGCCCUCCGCAUCCAUCAUCCCCACCAGAAGGCUUGGUGUCGGCUGGGUCUUCUCGGACUCAGCAAGCGGCACCCGCCGCUGGUGGAGCACGUCGCAUGCGUUGGUCACAAACAAUGAACGCAAACGCACUGCGGGCGUACUUUAGGGCGAAAGGGGAAGAAACCGGAUGUUUGGCGUAUCGGGCUCGGAUGCAUCGCUUUUUUGCUGAGCUGGAGCCAUCUCUAUCCGUCACUGAGCAAAACCUGGCAGACCGAGUUCGGUACAUCCUGCGCUCCAACAUAUUUGGUGACGCCGAACUCGAACGACUACGACGUGAGGCUGUUCCCUCAUCGGAUGGAAAUGCUACGGCUGGGGAUGCGGCGCCACUAAUUGCGCAGCAAACUGCAAAUGUGGACGCCGCCGUCAAUAUUCCAGUUGUGGUUGAUUCAGACGAUGAUGGAAUAGUCCCCCACGAACUAGAGCAAAUGAGGAGUAUAUUGGAAGAGUCGAUGCUGGAAACGCGCAGCAUGCCUCUCGAAAAUCGACCGCGACUUCCCCGCAUACCCCUUAGCAAGCGAAAUCGGGCUGUCGUGCGGGCUCUUAACCCAAUGCUGGUGACCUAUUUGGAAGCCAGCCGGGACCUUUGCGAGACGGACUCAAUUCUUUUUGGCGCCGCACUGGCAGUAUGCCGUAUUAUUGGCGCCAAACUUCCCAUGGCUGGACGUGCUACUCAACAAAGUAGCGCCAUCCCAGCCUGGAGAAAAAGAAUCGAGGACCGUAUCGCAAAGGCAAGGGCCCUUAUCGGCAGACUGACAAGCUUCAGGUCGGGUAAUAUUAGACCGAGAGUUGUGCGCACCGUUAGAAUGGCGUUUGCUGGGACAAAUAUUAGUUUGUCCCAGCCGGAUAUCACGCAGAAACUAACGGAGCGCAUAGAUGACCUGAAGCAAAAAAUCGCUGCUUGGGGGAAGCGGAUUCGACGAUUUAGCGAGAGGUCAAGGCGGUUCAACCAGAAUCGUCUCUUCCAGAGUGAUCAGAAGAGGCUCUAUAAAUCAUUGGAGCGACCAGAGGUAUGUGGAGCGGGCCCAGGACCGGAUCAGGCUGACACUGUCGCAUUUUGGCGUGGCCUGUGGUCAGAGCCCGUAAACCACAGCGAGGGCCCUUGGACGGAAGUUGUGGCGAGCCGGAGUGCAAGUGUUACGCCCAUGGACCCCGUCACCAUAACGCCUGAAGACGUGGCUGAGGCGGUCCGUAGGGCCCCGAACUGGAAAAGUCCGGGGCUCGACGGGCUGCAUCAUUACUGGCUGAAGGGGUUCGUAGUGUGUCACGCUGUGCUCGCCCGACAGUAUCAAGAGGCUCUCAACCAGAAGUCGCUCCCGAGCCUCUUCACUACUGGGAUCACUCACUUGGUUCCUAAAGACCAGGAUACCACAGACCCGAGCAAAUACCGCCCCAUCACGUGGCCGCUGCCUGGGGGUCGCCGGGGCGCGUCUGGAGCUGGCGCUGGACGCGGCAGCAUGCGGGCCGCCAGCCGAGCGCGAGGAGCUGCAAGAUCACCUAACAGCCCCCCGCAUCCAUCAUCCCCACCAGACGGCUUGAUGUCGGCAGGGUCCUCUCGGACUCGGCAAGCGGCAUCCGCCGCUGGUGGAGUGCGCCGCAUGCGUUGGACAAGGGAUAUGAACGCAAACGCAUUGCGGGCGUACUAUAGGGCGAAAGGGGAAGAAACUGCGGGGAUAGCGUAUCGGGCUCGGAUGCAUUGCUUUUUUGCUGAGCUGGAGCCGUCUAUUCCCGUCACGGAACAAAACCUGGCAGACCGAGUUCGGUACAUCAUGCGCUCGAAAAUAUUCGAUGAUGCCGAGCUCGAACGACUACGACGUGAGGCCAUUCCCUCAUCGAAUGAAUUGGCUACGGCUGGGGAUGCGGCUCCUCAGGCGACAGACCAGCUGCCACGCGUAGAAGCCGCCAUGGAUCUUCCAGUUGUGGUUGAUUCAGACGAUGAUGAAAUGGUCUCCCACGAACUAGAGCAAAUGAGGAGUAUAUUGGAAGAGGCGAUUUUGGUAACGCGCAGCAUGCCUCUCGAAAAUCGACCGCGACUUCCCCGCAUACCUCUAAGCAAGUGA